CAUCACACUGGCCAAACCUGGUCAUGAUCCUCUCAGAUUCAGCCAGUGAACUGACUGCCAUGGAGAAGCCUUUUCUGUCUUUUUAUGACAAACAAGUGGACAGCACGUACUUCUUGGCUCGUAUUGAGCCUCGAAUCACACUUGUUCUCAUCUUCAAGUACAAACACUCUGAGAAGGAAGGAGUGAUUGUGAACUUUCUCACAGAAAUGAGCCUGCAGUUGCGCUGCAAUCGUGUCCUUGCCACCCUCAAGAAUGGAUGAUGCCACAUUUUUUCUUUCCUCGACUUGAUAUGAAAAC